AUGUCCGACGAGACGUCGGCCACCACUUCGUAUGAGAAGUUUCUAACCCCCGAGGAACCCUUCCCCCUUCUGGGACCCCCUCGCGGGGUGGGCACCUGCCCGAGCGAGGAGCCAGGUUGCCUGGACAUCAGCGACUUUGGCUGCCAGCUGUCCUCUUGUCAUCGCACCGAUCCGCUCCACCGCUUUCACACCAACAGAAAUGGAUCACUUAAUCCUAGAAUUCAUACGGAAUUUCAGAAGGGAUCCCCAAUAGCCAAAACAGGCUUAAUAAAGAAGAACACAUUACCGGGCAGUGACAUUGCCAGUGGGAGUGAUGUACUUUCUGAUGUCAUACCCAGUAUUCCGAGUUCACCUUGCCUGCUUCCUAAAAAGAAAAACAAGCACCAGAAUUUAGACGAACUUCCUUGGAGUGCAAUGACAAAUGAUGAGCAGGUGGAAUAUAUUGAGUAUUUGAGUCGUAAAGUCAGUACGGAGAUGGGUCUUCGGGAGCAACUUGAUAUUAUUAAAAUAAUUGAUCCUUCUGCUCAAAUCUCCCCUACAGACAGUGAAUUUAUUAUUGAACUUAACUGUCUCACAGAUGAAAAACUGAAGCAGGUCAGAAACUAUAUCAAGGAGCAUAGCCCUCGCCAACGGCCUGCAAGAGAGGCCUGGAAGAGAAGCAACUUUAGUUGUGCGAGCACCAGUGGAGUGAGCGGUGCCAGCGCCAGCGCCAGCAGCAGCAGUGCCAGCAUGGUCAGUUCUGCAAGCAGCAGUGGGUCCAGUGUUGGAAACUCUGCUUCAAACUCCAGUGCCAACAUGAGUCGAGCACACAGUGACAGCAACUUGUCUGCAAGUGCAGCAGAGCGGAUUCGGGAUUCAAAAAAGCGAUCCAAGCAGCGGAAGUUACAGCAGAAGGCCUUACGCAAGAGGCAGCUGAAAGAGCAGAGGCAGGCUCGGAAGGAGAGGCUCAGUGGGCUCUUCCUCAAUGAAGAAGUGCUGUCCUUGAAAGUGACUGAGGAAGACCAUGAAGCAGAUGUAGAUGUUUUGAUGUAA